AUGGGAAGGGCCAAGGAGGCCAUGAAGGACCCCAGCAUCCAGCAGAUCAUGUCCGAUCCCGUCAUGCGCCAGGCUAGUGAUCACUUGCGGGUGCUGGACGACAUGCAGUCAAACCCUACGUCCGCGGCCAAGCACAUGCAGGACCCGAUGGUCAAGAGGAACAUCGAUCUGCUGGUGGCGGCAGGAAUCAUUCAGAUGCGAUGA